AUUUUCCAGAACACAAUGGAACAAGAAAUGGAAUUUAGAGAUGCGGUAUGAGUCUUAAGAAAAUUAAAAGAUUGCUGACAUUCACAAGACAAGGAAUAGUUGACUAUGAUCAGUUCUACGAGGGUGGUGGAGAUGAAGCCAUCAAAUUCUCUUCUGAAGAUACAUCUAUUUUUCUCAUGAGAUUACGUGGUGAUAAGCACACUUUGAAAGGGUCUAAUGUAAAGCUAUCAGAGGCAGAGCUGAGAAGACUUGGAAUAGGGGCUCUUAUGUUUGGGUCUUAUCCAGUACAAAAACAUGAUGGGGUUGCGUCAAAGAUUCAUAUACUAGAAAAUACCAAGCAAAUUUUCAUGUGUUACACUUUCCUUGAUGAUCGACACCUGCAUCGGAAGGAAAGGUCCCCUAAUACCAGCGGCUAUGGUUCAUACAGAUCAGGAUCUGGUAGUUUAGUUGAUUAUCAAGAGAGAUCUACAGAUGAUGAACUCCAGUCGACCUCUGUUAACUCAGUGUCGUCUAUUGCAUCUAGUAUUGCAUCGUUUGCGUCCAGUAUUGGUAUAAGCAGUUUCAACGGAAACAAAGGAUCAGCAACAACUCCAGACCCACCCUUUUCAUCAAGUAUUCCUGCAAACACAUAUUUGGGAACUGGAGAAAAGGUGCCAGGACUGAAGAGAGUGGCUUCCUCUCCCAGUAAGCUUGCUACUCAGGGACUUAAUUCUCGUAAGGAGAAGUUUGGAAUUGGCUUUCUUUUCAAAGCCAACUGUAUGGGGAUCGAUUUUGAGCAACUUAAGUCAUUCAUAUUUGAAAGAUUGCACAUAAUUGAGGCCCAAGCUAUGGAAUGUAGGAAGCGGUUGUUUUAUUACUUAGAUUUAGGGAAAAGCACGGACUAUGAGCAGAUAAUAAACGGUAUUUCUGAUGGUUUUUUGUACUACCUCAACAUGUCGGCCUCUGUGAAGAGGAUUGGUAACCUCUGGCAAAGUGUUCACUUGGGUGGACUUGUUGGAAGCAGACAAGCAAAGAACAAUGUUGCAGAUCUGAUAUGUGACCUUUAUCAUCAGUAUGAGGGCGAAAAGAAGUUCAUGUCAACUGUAGUAACAGCUAUUCUUUCUGCGAACUCAACGUGGCACUCAAAUAUAUGUGAUCCAAACCUGCAAUCUCAGCUCAGCUCACAAAGUAGAAAGUUUCUCGAUUUGUACGGUGGGCCAGGAAGCAAUUUUCCCGUACGCAUUGCAUUCAUCUCCCAAGAUGUCACUCUCUUGCAAGGCUUUCUUGCCUUAACAACCUAUUUUCAGAGAAACACAGUUUUCGUCAAAAGCAUCGGGCACAAGAAAGCCAAAUUUAUGGCUGUUGACAGUUCACAGCUAACGUUGCCUGACCUAGCAUGUGACCCGAGUGAAAAGGUUGUAGAGGCAGUGCAGUCUGCCGUGGCAUCUGGGACAUUUUCUCUGUUAUCUGAAGACGAGGUCAACAGCAUAGAGUCCUCUAACAAUAGUACCACACUGAAUAGUGUUUCCUCAAAAACAUCAAUGAGUGAUGAGGGUGAUUUGUGUCCCAGAUUUUCAACCAGUUUUGUGGACUAUUCUUUGAGUAGGAAGUUAGCCCAAGAUGACAUGAUCCUUCCCAACAGGAAUAAUCUUCCUGCUUUAUCUAAUUUCUAUCACCCCAGUUUCCCUGUGAUGGGCCUAUCUUCACAUGAUGGCUUAUUUAAAGAUUUUAAGUGUGGUUUCGCUGCCCUACAUGAGGCACUCAAACUGUCGAUCAGUGAGGAUGUGAUAUCAAAGAUGGUCGUUAAUGACGCCACAACAUUUGACUGCAAGGUCUGGGUCCAUGAUGGUACAUAUCAAAAAAUUUGCAAAAUAACAGCCUCCAGCGCUGUUUCAAGGAUCAUUAAGAACUUUUUCGAGUUGAAACAGCUGACAGGAAACUCUAAGUUGUGUCUGCUGUAUCUUGAGUCAGAGCUGCAAACAUUAGCCCAUGUCAGAGAAGCGUAUCUCACAUUUUGUCAGCUUGAACCAUCUCCACCGCAAAAGUUCUUGGAUGUCUUCAAAAUGGAUAAAACUGAUGGGGAAUUCUUUAAUCUCAUCAAAAAGUAGUUGAGAAGGUGAAAUCAGUUGUGCCCUAUUGUUUUCUCAUAAUAUAUGAUAAUAUUGUUAUAGGGAAUGUAUAAACAUUUCUUGAUAAGAAAGUAUUACUAGUAUGUAUCAUAGGAAUUUUAGGUUUUUGUUCUAUGUGAAAUAUUUUUGAUGCCACAUAAGAACUUCACAUGAUAGUAAUGAUUUUAGUGUAAUGAAGUUGCUAUAUUGCUUCGAUGAUCUUAUGGAAUUUCAGUCUUGAACUCUCAAAGGGACAUUUUAGAUGAUAGAAGUGAACUAACUACUAGUGUUAGAUUAUAUAGCUGAAUUUGUAUUUGAUUUUUCUUUGAUCAAACAAGUUGAACCCAUAUAGGUAGUAUGAUAUUAACGUUUUAUUUUUAUUUGAAAUGAAAUUGUAAUAUUGCAAUGAUGUUAUUUGUGAAAAGGAAUUUAUGAUGGACAGUGUUUAAGCACAAUGCCAUGGGUUAUUAGCUGCAUUUAGUAACAAAUACAAGAUUGAUGGAGAAUUGUUUCCCAAAGAUGUUGAGGAAGAACUUCCUGUUCAGUUUGCCUUGUUUCGCACGAUACUGCCUUUAUAUUUAUUUGAGGAAAGCUAUGAAGCCUGUGAAUACUAUCAUUUAAGGCAAGCAUGCUUUGCUAUAGACAUUAUCACGUGACAAGUAUGAUAAGAAUUUGAUGUCAUCUAGAUUGUUUUUGUCUAUAUUAUAUUGAGCGGGUGAAUAUUAGAGACACAUGCCCGGGCAAGAGUAAAAAUACCACAGUUUUACAUUUCGUGAGUUUCACCGACUGGAAGGAAGUAUUCUUUCUAUGAUGUCCCCAAUAUUUACCAUAUCGUGUUAAUAAGUCUUGAAACCACUCUUCAUUGGCAUUUUUGCUGUGCAACAAGAAUUU